CAUCUGCCAGAUUGGCUGGCGAUUUUUUACGGAAAAGAAGUCAAACUCGGCCGUGCUCGCGCGAACGGAAUCUGCCAGGAUCCGUCGCGGAUUUCGGAACUUAUUAGUGCGUUAGUGUAAAUGAGUUGGAUUAGGGGAACUUUAAAAAGUUGAAGUUUGUUGAUUUUUCGGUUGUGCAAUUUGGGGAGCGAUUUUCGAAGGAGGAAAACUCGACGUGAAAAAAAAACUUCCGGAUUUGUUCCGUGAAGGGGGUUCGUGUGGCAAGUGUGUUUGUGUCCUCUUUUUUUUUCUUUUUGCCUGCUGGAGACCCUAAAGUGAAACCACAAAAUUGAAAGUGACACUUUUUCUCGUGGCAUAAAAUUGCUGCAGCAGCCAGCUGGAGGAGGAGACGAAGCAAGGAGGAGCAGGAAGAUUCAAGGCCCACUUGUUUCGGUGACCUCGUCUCGGAUGAGCUUGUGUUGUUGUUGGUGGUGACCUGGUCUUCAGCAGGUUCAACAAUACACACACGGAAGUGAUUUCUAAUCGUUGGUGCAGAAGCAACACAAAGAGUUCGGAAAGAUGGCCAAGGAACCUGCCUCGCUGUACAACCAGUGCCUGCUGGCCUACGUGAAAAACCUGAAUCACAACGUUGCCAGCCUGGACCGGAUUGCCGAGCUGCGGCACCUGCCGACGGCGAUUCUGGCCACGGUCUACGAAGAGAUGUGCAACUUCGACUCGCUCAAGGACAUCCUGCUCGUGCAGCUGACCGACCUGGACACCUUCAACCGCCUGAUCCGGCAAGCGUCGCUCAAGCAGAUCAUGUUCAAGUGCGUCCAAACGCUGAUGACCGCGCACCGGAUGGUGGUGAGCGAACUGCAGACCAACUACUGCCGCUCGACCAGCGUGUACUACCUGCAGAACGGGGCCGUGACGGGGGCGGUGCGGGACGCCUGCCUGGAGGAUCAUGCCGGAGCGCGGCAAAAGGGGGAGGAACGUGAUAACGGGCAGGACACUAGUUGGCGGGUUGUGGCGGCGUUCGUGGACCAGAUCGACAACGGGAUUCGGCUGGGGUCGUUUCUGUGCGAGUCGGGUUGGCUGGAGGACUCGCUGCACGUGUUCAACAUCACGCUGGACAUGAUCCAGCUGCUGCGGGCCAGCUACAUGCGGUACCUGAUCGAGCUGAACUGUAUUCAGAAACUCCUGUGCGCCCAAACCGCGUUCUGCUGCUUCAAGGAGGCGAACGUGACCUGCGCCCAGGCGCUGGCCAUCAUCGACAAGCUGACCCAGCAGCACCAGCAGGACCUCAAGUCUUCGUCGCAGCCGUGCAGUUCGAGCAGUUCUUGCAGCAGUCGGAAAAGCAGUCACAGUUUUAGCAGUAGCAGCAAUCAUGGGGAAGAUGUGGACGCACUGAGUAACAUCCCCAACUCGUUGCUGGCCAACAUCUACCAGCAGAUUUCGGUGCUGCACUUUUACCGCAGCGAGUACGACCUGAGCUAUCGGUGGAGCAUCCGGGCGUUGAAGCACAUCAACAAGCACACCCCGGAUAGAAUCAUCGUGGACGUCCUCCGUCAGGUCGCCAAGUCCUGCGUCGUCAAGCGCCAGUUCCAGUCGGCCAGCAUGCUCAUCAAGCAGGCCGUCUGCCGGGCCCGGAACAGCUUCGGCACGAACCAUCAAAAGUACGCCGACGCGCUGCUCGACUACGGCUUCUUCCUGCUGAACGUGGACUCGAUCGCCAACAGCGUCGCCGUCUACACCGAAGCGCACGAAAUCCUCUGUCGAAUCUUCGGCCCGCGCAACCUCCACGUCGCCGUAGCCCACGAAGACCUGGCCUACUGCCUGUACGUGCUAGAGUACAGCUCGGGCAAGUUCGACUCCGCCACCGCAAACGUCGAACGCGCCAUCGACAUCAUGAAGGAACUCGUCCCCAGCAACCACCUGAUGCUGGCCUCAGCCAAGCGCGUCAAAGCCCUCAUCCUCGAAGAGAUCGCCCUGGACACGAUGGCCUCCACCAUCGACUACAACCGCUGCAAAAGCCUGCUCGAGCAAUCCGAAGAACUUCACCGAUCCGCCCUGCACCUCUCCCUGGAAGCGUUCGGCGAGACGAACGUCCAAACCGCCAAACACUACGGCAACCUCGGACGGCUCUACCAGUCCAUGUCCAAGUUUGACGACGCCGAGCAGAUGCACAAGCGGGCGAUCCGCAUCAAAACCCACAUCCUCGGUCCGUACGACUACGAGGUGGGGCUCUCGAUCGGCCACCUCGCGUCCCUCUACAACUAUCACAUGCAGAAGCACCAGGAGGCGGAAGAGCUGUACUUGAAGAGCAUCGAGAUUAGCCUGCGACUGUUCGGUGAGUCGUACUCGGGGCUGGAGUACGACUACCGGGGGUUGAUCCACAUCUACGAGUACACCGGCGAUCAGGCCCGCUACGACCAGUAUUCGAACGUGCUCGAGGAGUGGCGGAUGCUGCGCGAGAACAACCAGGCCGUGCGGAACAACUUCCCCGCCGACCUGACCGAGGACUCCUCGAUGGAGGAGGUGACGCGGAAGUUUUUCGAAAUGUGCUCCAACAUCAACUGCCUGACGGGGGAACCGAACGACGCCGCCGCCGCCGCCGACGAGCUCACAGCGGACCCCGGCGAAGGCGAUCCCACCCCAAACCAAGAGGACAUUUCGCCCGCAGCAGCCGCAGCAGUUUCGCCGGCCUUGGAGGACAUUCUCCGAAUUCUCUGAGAGAAACACAAAACACAGCGCGUGUCUUCCGCUUUGCUGCGAGUUGCGAGAGCUCAAAAUUGGUUUGAAAUUGUUUAAAGUUUUUUUUUUGAAAUUUUCGUUCCUUGCCACACUGAGUUGAAAAGGAAUAGUCUCGUGUGUUGCUCUCGCGGCUCCGGCUGCGCUCUGGCGUCGAGAUUAAUAAACAACACACAAACUUAAUAACUGAAUCAAAAAGCACAAAAAUAGCGCCAGCAAGCAACACAAACGUGUCGUUCUGAGCGCGUGCGCAGAGCAACGCAGUGCAGCGUUUUCUUUGCUUUUGCUAGUAAACUUUUUAAGUCAUUUGAUGUGCCUAUUUUUAAAACCAGAAAUUAUUAGCUCGCGAGCACACAGACAGCAGAAAUAAGAAGAAAGAUGCACCACACGUGAAGCAAAGCAAACACCAUGUUAUUCUCGAAUAAAAAAGAUAUCUGUUUCCGGCUGUAGGAAUGGUUACUUACGGUCAUUUUUGCUUAAAACAAAGUGUCUGCAAUUUAAACAAAUGUUGCGCUAUUUAUCUGGGUGUGAUACGAUAGAAAGAAAAAAACUCAAGAAAACGCUAUUACUGAGAGAAAGAUAAUAAAAACGGUUAUUAGAUUGCAUUGCAUAAAGUAUUUUAUGUUCGUUUUUCAACUUUAAUUGCAUUGUUCGUGGAAAGUGUAACGAUGGCAGGUGACAGAGUAAAAAUCAAUUUGUUCUAAUUGCUUUGGUCACUGCGCGAAACGACUCAGAACAGCGUGCUGAGUGCAAUUAUUUGAUGAAAUAAAACAAAUUCUAAUUAGUUGAUACUA